AUGAGUUCUCAGCAGUUUCCUCGUUUAGGAACUCCAUCUACUGGGUUGGGCCAACAACCUCCCUCACAGAUUUCAAACAGCGGUUCUUCAGGUCUGAUAAAUCCUUCUGUGACAGUCAAUGAUGAAUCUAGUCGAGAUACUGAUGUCACUACCAGGGAGCACCUGGGUUCCAGCAGUUCCCUCCAGUCUCGUGAAGAGAAGCAAGAACCUGUUGUGGUAAGACCCUAUCCACAGGUGCAGAUGUUGUCCACUCACCAUGCUGUUGCAUCGGGCACACCUGUCACUGUGACAGCCCCGCCAGCACAUCUGACGCCAGCAGUACCUCUGUCAUUUUCAGAGGGACUUAUGAAGCCACCCCUGAAGCCCACCAUACCUAGCCGUCCUAUUGCUCCAGCUCCACCUUCCUCCUUGUCACUUCCACCCAAGGCUCCAGGGCAGGUUACCGUGUCCAUGGAGAGUAGCAUCCCUCAAGCUUCAGCCAUUCCUGUGGCAACAAUCAGUGGACAACAGGGACAUCCCAGUAACCUGCAUCAUAUCAUGACCACAAAUGUACAGAUGUCCAUCAUCCGAAGCAGUGCUCCUGGUCCCCCCCUUCACAUAGGAGCUUCUCACUUACCUCGAGGCGCAGCUGCUGCAGCAGUAAUGUCCAGUUCUAAAGUAACCACAGUCUUGAGGCCGACUUCUCAGUUGCCAAAUGCUGCCACAGCGCAACCAGCAGUGCAACACAUCAUUCAUCAACCAAUCCAGUCCCGUCCACCUGUGACCACUUCUAACACCAUCCCUCCUGCUGUUGUAGCAACCGUCUCUGCCACCAGAGCUCAAUCUCCAGUCAUUAGUACAACAGCAGCACAUGCUCCUGACUCGGCACAUAGUCGGCCAACUCUGUCUAUCCAGCAUCCACCAUCAGCAGCAAUCAGUAUUCAGCGACCUGCCCAGUCAAGGGAUGUAACAACAAGAAUCACACUACCGUCUCACCCAGCGUUAGGGACACCAAAACAGCAGCUUCAUACCAUGGCUCAGAAAACCAUUUUCAGUACUGGCACACCAGUAGCUGCCGCAACAGUAGCCCCUAUUUUGGCAACCAACACUAUUCCUUCAGCUACCACAGCUGGAUCUGUGUCACACACACAAGCUCCUACGAGUACUAUUGUUACCAUGACAAUGCCUUCACAUUCAUCUCAUGCUACUGCCGUGACCACCUCAAACAUCCCUGUUGCUAAAGUGGUACCACAACAGAUUACACAUACUUCUCCUCGAAUCCAGCCUGAUUACCCUACAGAGAGGAGUAGCCUUAUUCCCAUUUCAGGACAUCGAGCGUCUCCAAAUCCCGUGGCCAUGGAAACACGAAAUGACAGUAGACCAUCUGUUCCAGUUCAGUUCCAGUACUUUUUGCCAACUUACCCACCAUCUGCAUACCCACUUGCUGCACAUACUUACACCCCCAUCACCAGUUCAGUGUCCACCAUCCGGCAGUAUCCAGUUUCAGCUCAGGCUCCAAACUCAGCCAUCACAGCUCAGACUGGUGUUGGGGUGGCUUCUACAGUACACCUCAAUCCCAUGCAGCUUAUGACAGUGGAUGCUUCUCAUGCGCGACAUAUCCAAGGGAUCCAACCAGCACCCAUCAGUGCACAGGGCAUUCAGCCAGCCCCUAUUGGAACACAGGGGAUACAGCCAGCCCCUAUUGGAACACAGGGAAUUCACUCAGCAACCCCAAUUAACACACAGGGACUGCAGUCUGCAUCCUUGGGGACUCAACAGCCUCCACCUGAAGGAAAAACGUCAGCAGUGGUUUUGGCAGAUGGAGCCACAAUUGUAGCCAACCCUCUUAGCAACACAUUCAGUGCUACUCCUGCAGCCACCACUGUGGUGCAGACCCACAGUCAGAGUGCCAGUACCAGUGCUCCAGCGCAGGGCUCAUCACCUCGACCAAGUAUCCUCCGGAAAAAGCCAACCACCGAUGGAAUGGCAGUUCGGAAAACCCUUAUUCCUCCUCAGCCUCCUGAAAUGACCAGUUCCAGAGUGGACAGCUCUUUGCGGAGCACAUCUGGAUCACCUAGACCUACAGGUGCCAAACCUAAAUCAGAAAUCCACGUAUCUAUGACCACUCCAGUUUCUGUGUCUGUGGAGACAGUUUCUAAUCAAAAUAAUGACCAGCCCACCAUUGCAGUCCCUCCCACUUUGCAGCAGCCCACACCAACCAUUCCAACAAUGAUUGCAGCAGCUAGUCCUCCAUCACAGCCAGUGGUCGCCCUCUCAACCCUUCCUGGAACUGUCCACAUCACUCCUCCUGUCACCACCAUUGCAGCUGCCCCACCACAGUCAGCAGCUGUGUGUGGCAAUCUCUCUUCUGCUCUGGGUCCACCUGUGCCAGAGAUAAAAGUGAAAGAAGAGGUAGAGCCAAUGGACAUCAUGAAGCCAGUUUCUGCAGUUCCUCCAUUGGCCACUAGCUCUGUGUCUCCAUCCCUUGCAUUGCUGGCUAACAACUUGUCCAUGGCUACAAGUGACCUGCCACCUGGUGCUUCCCCCAGGAAAAAGCCUCGAAAGCAGCAGCAUGUGAUUUCCACAGAGGAGGGUGACAUGAUGGAAGCAAACAGCACGGAUGAUGAGAAAACACCUUCCAAGAGUCUCGUGGUGAAGGCUGAGAAACGCAAGUCUCCUCCCAAAGAAUAUAUCGAUGAGGAAGGUGUGAGGUAUGUCCCAGUGCGUCCAAGACCUCCUAUUACUUUGCUGCGUCACUAUCGGAAUCCCUGGAAAGCUGCUUACCACCAUUUUCAGCGAUACAGUGAUGUCCGGGUCAAAGAAGAGAAAAAAGCUAUGCUGCAGGAGAUAGCUAAUCAAAAAGGAGUGUCCUGUCGUGCUCAAGGCUGGAAAGUCCACCUCUGUGCUGCCCAGUUGCUGCAGCUGACGAAUCUAGAGCAUGAUGUUUAUGAAAGACUAACCAAUUUACAAGAAGGAAUUAUCCCAAAGAAAAAAGCAGCAACUGAUGAUGAUCUGCACCGAAUAAAUGAGCUCAUACAGGGAAAUAUGCAGAGGUGUAAACUGGUAAUGGAUCAAAUCAGUGAAGCCAGAGACUCCAUGCUAAAAGUCUUAGAUCACAAAGACCGUGUCCUGAAGCUGCUAAACAAGAAUGGGACUGUUAAGAAAGUAUCCAAAUUGAAGCGGAAGGAAAAAGUCUAG